UCCAAAAACAAAAUAAGCGGGAAACUCAGCAGCGAGUUUUGUGGCAGAGAGAGAAAUACAGCUGAUGAUUUAUUAUGUCACUAUAAAAGAUGGUGCAAUUAUUUCUGCAUCUGAGGAAGUGUAAUAAUUUUGAAUGCCAGCAAUAAAUAUUGCAUACAAUUUAGAACCUUAGUUUCCAAAGUUGGAGUGCACAAGAAUGGAGCCACCGCAAGAAUUUCAGUUUCCCUUUCCACCGUAUGAAAUUCAAAAGCAAUUUAUGAAGGAGCUCUACAAUUGUUUAGAAAAUGGUAAAUUAGGUCUUUUUGAAAGUCCAACUGGUACUGGAAAAUCCUUGUCUCUCAUUUGUGGUGCGCUUAAAUGGCUGAUCGAUCAUGAGAAAUGGAAGAAGCAGGAAUUAAGUUCUACAAUUGCAGAAAUAGAUGACAAGUUAAAGAAUUGCAAGAAGCCAUCUGAUGAUUGGUUUACAGUGCAAACAGAACAAAUAGAAUUAAAUGCUCAGAAACAGCCAUUGGAAGCUAAAUUAAAUGCACUCCUCGAAUAUGAAAGUGAGAGAGAAAAGUUUAAAAGGAUAGUUGAAUCAAAGAAGGCUGCUAAAACUAAAACAAUUGGGAAAAUUAAACGACAACUUGCAACAAAGUUUGCAGAGUCUAGUAAAACAAAGGAAAUUGACACUGAUGUCUGUGAUAUUGAAAAGGAUCUUAUCUUGGAAGAUGCAUCAAAUUCAGAAAACUCAGAGGAAGAAAAUGCAGAAGAAGAACCAUUAUUUAAGAAUACAAAGAUCUUUUUCUGUUCCAGAACACAUUCACAAUUGACACAAUUUGUGCAUGAAUUGAAGAGAUCUCCUUAUUCACAAGAUGUUUCUGUGGUACCACUCUCAUCAAGACAAAAUUACUGCAUUAACAAAAAUGUCAAGAGAUUAAAACAUAUCAGUCUGAUCAAUGAAACAUGUCUACAGCUACAAAAGAAGAAGACUACUGUUAAAAAGGAGAAAGAUCUAAAGAAAUUGAAAACCACAAGCGGUUGUCCUUUCAUACCUGGUGAUCAGAAAUUGCUGAUGGCUGAAGUUCUAACAAAUAUUCAAGAUGUUGAAGAGAUUGUACAAAAAGGGCAGGAAAAUAAUACUUGUCCAUAUUAUGGCUCAAGAAAAUCUCUGCAAAAUGGACAAUUGAUAUUAGUUCCAUACAACUCCAUUCUACAUAAGAGCACAAGAGACAGUUUAGGAAUAGACUUGAAAGGAAAUAUAUUGAUAAUAGAUGAAGCUCAUAAUUUACUGGAUGCCAUUGAAGGAAUGCACAGUUCUAUAAUUACAGGAAGAAAUCUACUCCAUUGUUACAGUCAGCUAUCGCAAUAUCAGAAAAGAUUUGAAACUUUAUUUUCGGCUAAAAGCAUAUUACACUUGGGUCAACUAAGUUUUUGCUUAAAGAAGCUUCUAACUCUCUUUGGAGCAACAACAAAAUCUCAUCCCAAUGACCAGAUUGAUAAAGCAAUAACACCCAAAUUAUACAAAAUAGAGGAAUUCGAGCUUCUUACAGAAAUUGAUACAGUAAAUAUAUUCAAGCUGUUGGAGUUUGUUAAAACUUCAAAACUCAUUCAUAAAUUACAAGGAUUUGUCGAGCAAUAUGGCAAUAGCAUAAAAAUCAAUGAACAAAAAAUCAAGAAGUCCGGUAUUACGGAAUUUCUAAACUCAAUUAAAAAUAAAGAUGCAGCGUCUCAAGAAACCGUCAGUAUCGCGAAUGUACCUGAUAACAACGAGGAUCCAACAAGCAAUCCAUUGAUGGCAAUUUUAAACUUCCUAGAGUGCCUGAAAAGCAGUUGCACAGAUGGCAGAAUAUAUGUUUUACCUGGUGCUACUAUUGGACAAGGGAUUAUAAAAUUUCUCUUGUUAAAUCCAGCAUCGCAUUUUCAUGAUAUUGUGAAAGAUGUCAGAUCAGUGGUCCUGGCUGGUGGCACAAUGCAGCCAAUGUCAGAAUUUAUAGAUCAACUGUUCUUAAUGGCAGGUGCAACGCCAGAUAGAAUCAUGACAUUUUCAUGCGACCAUGUAAUUCCCAAAGAAAAUAUUAUAUCCAACAUUGUAACACGUGGUCCAACUGGAGUUGAAUUCGAAUUUAAUUUUCAAAAUCGGCAAAAUACAAAACUGCUGGAUGAAUUAGGUAGAGCUCUGUUAAAUUUAUGUAAUAUUGUACCAGCUGGAAUUGUAAUAUUUUUCCCAUCUUACAACUAUGAAGACACAGUAUUCAAUCAUUUGGAUAAAUCUGGCAUUAUAUCAAAAAUAUCUGUAAAGAAACGUAUUUACCGUGAACCUAAAUUAGCAUCACAAGUCAACGUAAUAUUAGAUCAAUAUGCACAUUCUAUCAAGAAUCCACAACCUCCGUGUAAUGGAUCAUUACUGUUCAGUGUAGUCGGUGGUAAAUUAAGCGAAGGUUUAAACUUUUCUGACAAUCUGGGUCGAUGUGUUAUAGUUGUUGGCUUGCCAUAUCCCAACAUCAAAUCACCAGAGUUGCAAGAAAAGAUGAAAUACUUAAAUGAGCAUGUGAAACCGGACGCUGGAAGCAGUUUUUUCGAGAACUCGUGCAUGAAAGCGGUGAAUCAAUGCAUCGGCCGAUCCGUUCGUCAUAUUAAUGAUUAUUCGACAGUUGUAUUGUUAGAUAAACAUUAUCGUCAUAAAGUCAAAGUACUACCGCAGUGGAUUCAACGUUCCGUGACGAUCAACGAUUCAUUUGGACCCGUGAUUGGUAACAUUGCAAAAUUUUUUUCAGCGAAACGAAAACAAUCUAAUCUAUGAUAAUAAUAACAGUGAUGCAUAUAUCAAUAGAUCAACUAAUUUACUAUUAGAUUAUUUGAAACGUUUUAAUCAUAUCUAGUCAAAGGUUUUUUUUCAGUAAUAUGAAACUGAUUAUAAUAUUUGAAUAGAAACUUUUUUUAUAAUUUAAAGAUUCAUGUUUUUCGCUGAUACUAUAACAUAUCUCAACAUACUAAAUAUUUUUUGUACCAACUACAAGGAAUAUUUAAUGCGCCUUUAAUUGUAUAUGUAUAUAUCACAUAUAAUUGGCCAAUUGGAUGCCAAAUUUGUAAAUUAGAUCGUGUCGGUACAUUUCUCCGGGCCGUAGAAUGGAGCAAGGAAAGUGUGACUGAAAGAGAAAAUUAAUUCACAUGAAUUAUGAAUCAAUAAAUGCCAUAAGAAUAUAAUUUUACAUCUUAACUACUUACAAAAUUAAUGGCGUUUGGAUAGUUUUGUGGUUGAAUGCUGAAAGCACAGUGUUUUACGUAGCGAGCGCCCUGCUUUCCCAAAAGAAAUUUAGUCGACGGUUCAGAUAUCGCAUCUUGUUCCAUUUGAUCGGUCAUCAAUGUUUCUCCCUCUUGCUCUUCGUCAUGAUUCGAGUUGUCUUUUUGUUCAACAUUAUUACCAGUCUACGAUUGUAAUAUUAUAUUUUCUUGUAAAAACGUAGUAAUAUUUUUAUACUCUUUUGAUACACAAAUUAAUAUGUUCGUUAUCAUUGUAUGUUAAUUAUUUAGAUAUUUAAGUGAGACUACCUCAGAAACUAUGUCUGACAAACGGCCACCUGUAUAAAACUGUACACCAGGCUGAUCGGAAUAAAUUUCCAAAAUGCUGCAUAUAUAGAUAUGUAUAUGAUAAUAUGAUUAUUAAGUUUCAAAAUAUAUACUUCCAGAUAGCAAACGUACGUCAUUUAGAUAUUUAAUGACGUCAGUUUGUUAAUUGACUGUAUCCAUAUA